UUCUUGACUGAAAAUGGUGCCGGCAAAUCCAACAGUAGAAUUUGUCCGUUAGAAGUGUUUUCUUUUGCCAGCUCCACAGAGUUUAAAAAUAAAUGAGACAGUAAGUUCAAAAAGGUUGCAAGCAGCGCUAAAGUCUGGGCGGUGUUAGUUCAGCUAUAAAAAAUGGUUUCUAACACCUGCAGAGUCAAAGCAUCUGCUUCCAGCUUGCAGAUGGCUCCAGUCAUUACCAGACUUUACCAGUUUGCUGCAGGGUUUUUUCUUUUCUUAGUGUCUUUGGGGUUUGUGGAAGGUGAGCGGCUGCUGGUGAUCCCUCAGGAUGGAAGUCACUGGCUCAGCAUGCAUGCAGUGGUGAAGAAGCUCAGCGAGAAAGGGCAUGAAAUAGUAGUGCUUGCUCCAGAAGUUAAUUUGUACUUGAAAGAAUCAGAGCAUUACACAAGGAAAACGUAUGCUGUGCCUUACGCCCAGGAAGAGCUAGGCCAUCGUCUUCGUUUGUUUGCUAACCAGCCCUUUGAUGAAGUCUCCUUCCCUACUAUGAUCACAGAAGCAUACAGCAGUGCCAUGUUUGUACUGGACUUGUUAUUCUACAACUGUGACAGCCUCCUGCAGAACAGAGAAAUCAUACGAUACUUGGAAGAGAGUAAAUUUGAUGUGCUCUUCACAGACCCAGCUUUGCCAUGUGGGGUGAUCCUGGCAGAGUAUCUGUCCAUCCCUUCUGUGUACUUCUUUCGUGGAUUUCCAUGCAGUUUAGAGCAUGCAAUCUGUAAAUCUCCAAACCCUGUUUCCUAUGUCCCAAGAUGCUAUACCAGCUACACAGACCACAUGACAUUUACCCAGCGAGCGCUGAACCUGUUUGUUAGCUCUUUAGAGACAUCACUGUUUAAGGAUUUGUACACCAAAUACCAAGACAUUGCUUCGAAGUUUCUCCAGAGAGAUGUGCACGUACCAACACUUUACCAAAAUGGCUCCAUAUGGCUCCUGAGAUACGACUUUGUGUUUGAGUAUCCCAAACCAGUGAUGCCCAACAUGGUCUUCAUCGGAGGCAUAAACUGUGAGGAGGGGAACAACCUACCUCAGGAAUUUAAAAGGUGGAAGAUUCUACCUCAGUGA